AUGCCACAGUCCUCAGUGCACCUGCCCAAUGGCCAGACCUUGAACGUCACCCCCGUCUUCGGCGGUCUGUACUUCAAGUCCAGCGACCUCAAUACCCACCACAAUGUCUUUCCUCCCGGCUGGACCGUCAUCCUGCACACCGAAGACGACGACGAUGAUGACCACAAGCCCUUGCCAGAGACCGCUUCGGAUCCAGCAGCCAGAGCAGAAGCUGCGCUGCAGAGGAGCAAGCACGUUCACCGUUUCAAACGACCGACCUUGCGAAACGACCACCUCUUCAUCUCGUCCAUAUCGAAUCCUGCCUCCAAUGAGUUUCGCCCUCCGACGAGCCCGACCCGGCAAAUCGCCAUGAUGCUCUGGGCAACCCUGUAUUGGUACUUUCACCAGCAAGAGCCGGCACAGCAGCUGACAACAUCUGCCUCGGAGAGAACUCCAGAAGAGGGGAAACCCAAAGGAGAUUGGCGGAUAAACGUCAACAGAGAGGGCAUCCUGAAAGGCAAGCACCUCGUACCGAAGCUGGAACGCAUGGGCUUGAUAGCGUCCGAGGACUCUUCCGUCGGCCUUGAUCCAGAAGAUGGAGCAAACAGUGUCGAGGGGUGGUCACGGAUGUUUGUGUCCAGGCGCACGUUCUGGCAGCUGGACCCGCGUAUCUACCUGUUCACCCUGACACCGCUUCAGACGAAUUCGCCUUAUCCAUCCAUUAGCCCGGCGGGUAGCAGACCGACGAGUCCUGUCAGAGGCAGUAGUAUCCACAGACCCCCAGAUGAAGCCGCCGGGUUGGGCCUACAGCAAGCUGCAUUCAGCAAUCGAUCAAGCCUGCCUGCGGGCCCAUUCCACUCGUCUUCUCAUUUGCCGACCUAUUAUCCGCCUCCGCCUCCUCAGUACAUCUUCUCCAAUAACACCCGACAUCCCCUCCGGCCGAAGCCGCCUCGGCAAGGAGAGACUCUUUACACUCGCUUCAUACCAAGUCUGGGCCAGUACCUCAGCUUCAGAGUAGCAUCCUUGAGUAAGAGGCCAAUCGUGUACAGUGGCCCGUUCUCGCAGCACGCAGGUGGCGCUGACCCCCUGAGCUCUGGACGAGACAUACUUCGGAAUACUACUGCCAACUCAGAUCCCACAGUUCCAACAGUUAAUCAUGCAAGUAGCAGCAGCGAGGCAACUGACACUAGCCGCAUGACCGAUCUCGAGCUCCUACAUAAAUGGAUGAACGAGCCGCGAGUAGCUCUCGCCUGGGGUGAAGAUGGCCCUAUCUCGCACCAAGAAGAAUUCCUCAAGCACGGUUUGACCUCACGCCACUCGAUACCAGUCAUUGGCUGCUUUGAUGGGAAGCCAUUCGGCUUCUUCGAAAUCUAUUGGGUGAAAGAAGACAAGCUGGCUCAAUACAUGGGAGGUGACGUCGGCGACUGGGAUCGCGGAUUGCACGUGCUCGUUGGUGAGCAGGAGUUCAGAGGUCCGCAUCGCAUUAAAGUAUGGAUGAGUGCGCUCGUUCAUUAUUGCCUGCUGGCCGACUCGCGGACGAAUGCUGUCAUGUUGGAGCCAAGAGUCGAUAAUGUGAAGUAAGUCAUGCAUUCACUGCCCCCAUGGAAGCAAAUCUGACCGUUUUGUACAGGCUACGAAAUUAUUGCGAACAAGCAGGCUUUUACAAAGAACGUGAGGUCGCGCUCCCGCACAAACAGAGCAAUCUGAUGAAGAUCCGAAGAGAUGGCUGGGAAGCCCCAGAGAUAUGA